AUGGGAGUAAAAAGUUUCGUAGAAGGUGGGAUCGCCUCUGUAGUCGCCGGUUGCUCCACUCACCCUCUCGAUCUCAUCAAAGUCCGCCUUCAACUCCACGGCGAAGCUUCCGCCGCUCCCUCCACCGUCACUCUCCUCCGUCCAGCUCUCGCUUUCCACAAUUCUCCUUCAGCUUUUCUGAACACAACUACUUCCGUUCCUAAAAUAGGACCAAUCUCCCUCGGAAUCAACCUCGUCAAAACCGAAGGCCCCGCCGCGCUAUUCUCCGGCGUCUCCGCCACACUCCUCCGUCAGACUCUCUACUCCACCACCAGGAUGGGUCUCUACGAAGUCCUCAAAAACAGAUGGACCGACCCCGAGUCCGGUAAGCUCAGCCUCCCCCGUAAAAUCGCCGCCGGAUUAGUCGGCGGCGGGAUCGGAGCCGCCGUCGGGAACCCAGCCGACGUGGCGAUGGUGCGCAUGCAAGCCGACGGGAGACUUCCCGUCGCCGAGCGACGUAGCUACGCGGGAGUAGGAGACGCAAUCAAGACGAUGGCGAGGCAGGAAGGCGUGGCGAGCCUGUGGCGCGGCUCGGCGCUGACGAUUAACAGGGCGAUGAUAGUGACGGCGGCGCAGCUCGCGUCGUACGAUCAGUUCAAGGAAGGGAUUGUGGAGAGUGGUGUGAUGAGAGAUGGGUUGGGGACUCACGUGGUGGCGAGUUUCGCGGCGGGGAUUGUGGCGGCUGUUGCGUCGAAUCCGGUGGAUGUGGUGAAGACGAGGGUGAUGAAUAUGAAGGUGGAUGCGCGUGGUGGUGGUGAGGGGGCGAAGUAUAAAGGCGCGUGGGAUUGUGCGGUGAAGACGGUUAGAGCGGAAGGACCGAUGGCGCUUUAUAAAGGGUUUGUUCCUACGGUUUGUAGGCAGGGGCCUUUCACUGUUGUGUUGUUUGUUACGUUGGAGCAAGUCAAGAAGCUGCUUCGUGAUUUUUGA